GCCUUGUCAAGCACGUGCUUUAUUUUCAUAUCAAUAAACUAAGUAAACAAAAAUAGUAGCCCAGUAAUUUUUAAACAAAAAAUGGUCCAGGGAAAGUUUAAAAAAGCGAAAUUGCCAGCCAGUGUGCAGCAGAAGCAGAAGCAAAAGAACGCAAAGGCUUUUACAAGGAGAUCAAAUGCACCUAUCCAGGCCAAAAAGGCGAAAUUCAGUGAGCAACAGAAGAUUAAAAAUGCCAUUUCGAAGACGGUCAAUAAAUCGGUAGAAAAUGAGCUACGUUCGCGUGCCGUUGAAGGCCAAAUAAAACUCAGCAAAGCACAGGAGGCCGUGGCGAAGCAUCAUCAGGCGAGAGCUAAAGCUGCUGAGGCAGCCCCAUCAUCAUAGGCGUCAUAGUUAAACUAACUUUAAAUACUUGUAUAGCGUUUAUUAUUCUUAAAGUGUUGCAAAUGGUAAUGUACGCACAUACAUAUACAUAUGUGUUACUCUUUACUGCAGGAAAACAUCGCACAUGAUCGGCAUUUUAAAAUUUAACUCAAAAUUAAUAUAUGGAUGCAGAUUUAUUAUCAAUUGGAAAUGUAAAUGAAAAUAUGAAAUUACAUUCACAUUGCUUAAUAUAAAUUUAUUAUUAUUAUAUA